AUGGACCCAAAUACCCUCCUCCAGUGCUUUGCAAGCACCCUAGAGGUCCAGCAGGCUGUCCGUGAACAGGCCGAGGCCCAACUUCGCCAGCUCGCGGAUUCUCCGGGGUUUUUAGGCGCCUGUCUUGAUAUAAUCGCCGCCAACGAUGCUCCAUCGCACUGUCGCAAGGCUGCGGCGGUGUACUUCAAGAACCGCGUGGUGCGGUAUUGGCGCGAGGCCGACAGAAUCGACGAGGGCGAAAAACCGGUGCUUAGAGAGCGGUUAUUGCCUGUAAUGUGCGGUGUGGACUGGCCCAAUAAACAUCAAUUGCUUCCUGUGUUGAGGGCAAUUGUCAGCAGCGACUAUCCGGCGCAGUGGCCGCAGCUCCUCAAUGAUGUGGGUGUACUUUUGCAGAAAAACGACAACGUGCACGAGUUGUACACCGGUAUUGUGUGCUUUGCAGAGGUAUGUAGAUCGUAUAGAUGGGUGGAAAACCACGAGCGUCUGGAGUCCUUGGACCCGAUCAUCGUGCAGGUUUUCCCCCACUUGCUCAGCGUAGGAAACGCCAUCUUGGAUGGCGAGAUCACAGAGGUGUCUGCCGAUGUCUUGAAACACAUCUUGAAGUGCUACAAGUUCGUCACUUACCAUGACUUGCCCGCCGUUCUCCAAACCAAGGAGGCGCUCGUUGCGUGGGGUGAAUUCCACUGCCGUGUCAUCAGCACCGAGCCCCCUGCGUACGUUGCUUCUAGCACCUCCGAUCUGGAGUCGUCGCAGACCCAGGUUUCUAGAAGUUACAAGUGGUCUGUUGCCAAUAUCGAGCGUCUCUUCCGUAGAUACGCCUCCAAGAGUUUAUCGUCGCGGUUCCUGUACGAGAACUUCAAGACCAUGUUCGUCAGCGACGUUCUUCCUCACGUCAUGUCUAUCUACUUGGGACUCAUGGAGAAGUGGUGUCGCGGAGAGAGAUGGCUUCCAAAAUCGGCGUUGUACCAUCUUUUGGAAUUCUUGAGUCACUGUGUCACACAAAAGGAGUCCUGGAAGACCAUCAAGCCGUUCUUCGAGAGCAUUGUCACACACUUCAUUUACCCUCUCUUGUGCCCAUCAAAUGAGACCCUCGAACUAUUCGAGACCGAUCCAGCUGAUUACAUCAACUCCAAAUUGGACAACUUCGAUGACUCAGAACCAGAUGUGGCUGCAUUGGGCUUGCUUGUCACCUUGGCUACCAAGAGAAAGAAGUCCACUUUACAGCCAAUGGUUGCAUUUGCAUACAACCAACUUACCACUCUUUGCCUGCAACCAGAGGACUUGGAAGUGGCUAGAAAGAAGGAUGGUGCUUUGCGGUUGAUUGGUGGUAUUUCUCACCUCUUGACCCAAACUGACUCGCCAUUCUACACCCAGAGCGCCGGCUUCUUGAAGGAGAUGGUCCUUCCAAACUUGGCUUCCAAACACGAGUUUCUUGUGGCUCGUUCUCUAGAUGUUUGUGGUCUCUUUGCUGAUGCGCCAAUCGAGGACCCAGAGACUUUGUCUUUGUUGUUCAAUGGUAUUUUGCAGCCAUUCACGUCUGACAGCAGCAAUGUCAGUCUUCCAGUCCUUUUGCAAAGUGCAUUGGGCAUCCAGGCAUACAUUCACCAUCCUCAAUUCCAACAAAUUCUUUCAAACGUCAUUUUGCCAACGAUGCUGAAGCUUCUUGAGCUUUCUAACGAGAUUGAUAACGAGUCUGUGUCUGUUGUGAUGCAAGAAUGCGUGGAAAACUUCUCUCAACAACUCCAGCCUUUCGGUGCUGACUUGAUGAAGAAUUUGGUCGACCAGUUUUUGCGUUUGUGCUCUGAGUUGAAGGAGGCAACUGACAAUGAAGAAUUCGACGUCUACAACGAUGAGACGGCCGACAAAACGACUGCCGCCAUCGGUUUGCUCAACACUAUGAUCACUGUUCUCUUGUCGUUCGAGAACUCUCGCGAGGUCUGUAUCCAUCUCGAAGAGACUUUCUCUCCUGCCAUAGAGUUCGCACUCACCAACGAGAUUGACGAGUUCUUCACGGAAAUUGGAGAGUUGAUUGAAAAUUCCAUCUUCCUUUUGCGUAGUGUCACUCCAGUGAUGUGGGGACACUUUGCUCAACUUAACAAAGUCUUCACCAACGGUUUUGGCUUAAUGUACGCAGAUGAGCUCUUCCCAUGUUUGAAGAACUAUAUGGUGUACGGCUCAGACCAUUUGGCUGCCCACCCAGAGCUCGUUGCUUCGUUCAUCAACAUUAUUGAGCUCAUUGCUAAAGGUGAAGAAGAUGACACUGAAAGCUACGAAGCUGUGACUCAGGGUCUUGAGCUUGCCCAAACAUUGAUUCUCAGUUUGCAGCACAACUCCACUCCUUACGUUGGCCAACUCUGCCAAAGCUUCUUGCCUCUUCUUGUACAAACAGUUUCGGACCCAUCUCAUAUCAAAAUGAGUGCUAUGGUUGUCCACUCGAUCAACUUCGUUGUGUCCUGUCUUGUCUAUGGACUCAACAACACAUUCGCCAUGCUUGAAGAGUUGCAAUAUUUGCCUACUUUCUUCAAUCUGUGGUUCGCAUUGAUUCCUAAGUUUAAGAAGGUCUACGACAUAAAGCUUUCCAUUCUUGGUCUUGUGAGUUUGGUGAACAACCCUGAGUCCAUGCAAGUUGUUCCUGGCGGGGCCAAUGCUGUUGGAUCCAGUCUCUCCAUUUUGUUCAAGGAGUUGCCAGCUGCGAUCCGCAACCUUGACAAGCAGAGAAAAGAGUUCAGCACUGAUCAGUUUGAGUACGACAAUGCGAUGUUCGGCUCGGGUCCUUCAUAUGAUGAAGAGGACAGUGAUUUUGAGGACGAGGCUCCAUCCGCUGAUGCCACAGCAGAGUCGAAUGAUGUUUCCAAGGAGAAGGCACUUGAAAUGCUCAAGCAAGAAAGCGGAUACUUCUCGUCAUUUGAUGAUGAGGAAGAAGCUAUUCAUGAAGACUUUUUGGGUGUCUCGCCACUUGAUACUGUCGACCCAUUUGCCAUUUUCAAGGAGUUUUCCACCACUUUACAGGUCAAUAAUCCGGCAUUAUAUGGCGCUGUGUUCAACGGCCUUGCUGAAGAGGAGAGACAAAUUUUCAUCGACAUAUUUAGCGUUCUGAACUAA